GGCAACCAACUAUUUCUGUGCUGGUUCCUACGUUGAUGGUUUUUUGGAGAUUUGUGUUAGCAGACAACAACGCUGAUGAUACGCAGAAGUGUUUAGGCGCAGCAAAACUGGCCUCUACCAAUAGAAACCAUCUUGACCAGAGUGGCAAACCUCCCUUACCAGAAAAUGGCCCACUCAGUAUCAUGACUCAGUUGUAUGUUGAAGACAUCAACUCCAUCAACGCCCUGGAUAUGGACUUCAGACUAGAUUUCUUUAUAUGGCAUGGCUGGAAUGCGACAAAACCAAUGUGUUGCAUAUACAAAUCCAAUCUAAAAAGAUUAGGAAUUUUGAAUGUGACAAAACACGAAUUUGACUAUGCCAUUGUGUCUAAGAAUCACUUGAAAUUCUUCUGGAUUCCAGACACGUAUGUCGUUAAUGCUAAAAGAGUGAACAGGCCGUCCAAAGCUUUAUCAACUGAAGUUCUUAAGGUCAAAAUUAAUGAUACUGGGGAAUGUCAACUGGAAUAUAGUGUGAAGUUGGCUGCUGUUAUUGGAUGCCAGAUGGAAUUCAAACACUAUCCAGUAGACAUUCAAGUGUGUCCUUUCAUCUUACGAAGUUAUUCUUAUCCCUAUAACGACGUUGAAUAUAAAUGGGUCGUUGAAAAUGAAACACUGGAUGUUAACCGCGACUUAAAACUCUUGCAGCAUAAUUUUUAUCUAUCGAAGAGUAGUUCAAAACUCGCCACACUCGAAGUGACUUAUUCAACGAUUGUGGUUAAUUUCACCUUUGAGAGACGGAUAUCAUAUCACGUGAUGCAGGUGUUUGCUCCCAGCGCGUUGAUUGUCAUGUUAUCAUGGUUUUCUUUCUGGAUGGGCCUGGACGCUAUCCCUGGUCGAGUAACCCUCUGUAUAACCAGUCUUUUGUCGCUUUUCACCCAGUUUUCUGGAAUUCGACAUGAUCUUCCUGCAGCCUCUUACAUUAAUGGAAUCGACAUAUGGAUGGCUACCUGCAUGUUAUUCGUUUUUGCAACAUUGAUGGAAUUCGUGAUCAUAAAAUAUUUGGACAAGCAGCGGCAGAUAUACUUCAGAAAGCAGGUGAAGGGUACAAUACUCAGGGGUAAUUCACAGAUGACCCUGUCUACAGAUGUGGAAAAUGGCUCUGAGAUGAAUUUAUCUACACCUCCCUUGACGCCAAAGCUUGCUUGGAACAUUGGAGCUGUGUCUCACCACUGGUUUAAACCACCUUCAUGGUCACUGGAUUGGGUGAUCAAAAUUGACCAUGUAUCACGUGUUCUUUUCCCAAUUGCUUUUUUCGUCUUUAAUACUUUUUAUUGGCCAAUCCUUCUCACACGAAUGCUAUAGAAAAAAACUCGAAAUUAAUUCUUCCUUUUAGAUGACGUUGAAUGACGAUUAUUUUGAAAACAUAUAGCAAAAACACACGAAAUUUGACUUCUUUUUAUGCUGGAAGCUGCUCAACAAGAGCCUUAUUACUGAUUUUAGCACUUUUUAACACUUUUAUGGUCAAUGUGGUUCGUGCACCAAGAGCAACUUUUUGAGCUAGAUGUAUUUUUUAGAUAUUUUAAUUAAUCAUUUUUAUGGUGAGUUUUGUAUGAUUGAAGACCUUAAAAGGCUCAGUCAGUGUAAUUUUAACUUAUUUUUUUUUAUCAAGUUACCCUUGUAAUCAAAUAACAAUACCUUCUUCAUUCAGUUUACUUUUCCAAUAUUCUUCGUAUCGCUCAUUAAAGGUUUUAUUAGACGCUCACCAUCUCAAUAAAAAUUAUAUGAUCGGGUUCUUUGAGAUCACGAGUAUAUUUUGGUAUAAAUUAUAAUUUCAGAGAUUUUCAUAAAAAGGACAUGUAUUAUUUACAAUCCCACGUUCUAGUUAUUUCACAAAAAUUUAAUCGAUAUUUUAUAGGCUUAAGUUUCACUGAUAUGAGAAUACGAUACUCGUCAGUAUUCAAUAAUUUUUAAAUUGGGUUAAAGACACUAUCAUAAACUUCAUUUAAUCCAAAUGUGUUUAAUUAAGUCAGUACGACUACCACUACUUAAUACUUGCUGACGCACCCUUUCAACGAACAGUGAAGACAUAGAACUCACGAGAGUGAUAUAGGAGGUUUAGGUACAAAAGCCGAUCACCCUAUGUCACAACCUGAAGUCUCUAAGAGAACAUGUCAGGUUUGGUGACAAUCGGUCCAGCGGUUUGACAGUUAUAAGGGACAGACAAACAGUUUUGGUUAAACAAUGGUUUAUAUUGUAUAAUACAACUCUCAGCAGAACUCGUACAUUACUACAGUAAAAUACGAUCUUGACUGUCAAGAGUUGUUAUUGGAGUUGGAGAAACAUUCUUUUUUGUUUUUCGUUAGCCUCUUUAGACAAAGAAGUACUUCUCAUGAUAUGAAAAUGUGAAAAGGACUUGUGAUAGUGGUUCAAUGGGCUUCAAUAAAAAAUUAGGAAACCUUUCAUCAUUUAAAUUAGUAAAUUACUGAAUCAAUCUUAGAAUGUAUAUUUGAUAUUAGUUUUAUUUAUAAAAAUAAACCAUAAAAAACUUCAAAGUAAGAUAAAUAUUGAUGAAACAGAAAUAUCUAUAGAUAUCACAACCAUAUGUUUGGAUUUCACUAGCAACUGCUUACAAAUGUAAGAGAAAAAAAAAACUAAAGUUAACACGUCUUUUCUCACCUCAAAUUCAAUUUAAAGAGAUAUGUUUAUGUUUACUAAGCAACUGCCGUAUACACUAUAAUCUAGGGUUUACAUAACAUCGCAGCUUUUUAAUAUAUUGUUCUGUAAUACUACAGAAACCAAAAGCAGGAUGACCGUGAUACGCAUGCACAAGUAUCAGUUGGAAGUUUCUGUUUGCCGAUGCUAGACGUUUGAUAUCUGAUUUUUUAAUACCUGUUUUCAUUAUGGCAUUUUUUAAUAUUCCAAGUUUCUCUCCUGACUUUUCUUGUUCUCCCUUUCUUUGUUAUACAUUGAGAGCGGUUUACUCUUAGAAUGCAAUUUAAGGCUGCUCAUACGAUCUUUUGACUCUAAAGUAAAAUUUAUGUAGCCAUAUUUAAAGCAACUAUGAUGUAACAGGAAGAUUAUUUCUAUUUUCGAAAUACCUAAAGUAAUAAAUUUCAAAUAACAAUUACAGAAAUUACAAGAAACAGUUACAGAACUUUAAGAGCUCGGUGUUCUGAUGAAUCUAGGUAUUGAGCAAAUAUUGACUGUUGUCUUACAAAUUAGUGGUCUACUUUUAUUUAUUUUAAUGAUGAAUGAACUGACGUUGAAAGUAUUAUUAAAAUAUGACACUAAAGUUAAUCACGCUUUAACAUACAACGUAAUUACCGUUUUUCAGUUUUUAUGUCAUGUGAGAUUCCUUAAAAGUAAUAUUAAUGUUUCUUCUUUAAAAGAUAAAGAAUAUAAGACAUUCGAAUGAUUUCAUUUAAUAAUAAUGAUAUACGGUUUCUGUCAUUUGUAUUGUCGUAACGUAUUCUGUUGUUGAGCGGGUUAUUUUGGAUUAUUUGGUAAAUAUAAUGCCAAAUCCACUCCACGUAACGAUAACAAAUUAAUUAAUUUAUUCUAUAACAUUUGCUACAGACUACUUCCACUUUGACACGAGUUGUAGGCCUAAGUUCACUAACAAUGUUUCAACUGAAACUCCGGAACUAAUAGUAUGCCUAACUCACAAAUACAAAACUUACUUUCAGAGUGUUCUUGCUAAUCGACUGAGUAUCUGGAUAAACAUGAUGACUCUCACUACCAACAUUGAUAUGAAUCACUCACUGAUUAUGGAUUCUUUAGCUGACACACUUAAAUUAUUAUUCUGAAAAUCAUUUAACAUAGUAAGCCUUCUUCUUUCAAGAAGCAUUUCGAGCAUUCUAUGUCGACAGCGAAUGUCGCCUUGAUUAAUAGUAAAGAUGUAACAUUUUGCUAUGCUAAGUUUCAAUACGAACAUCUGUAUACAGUAAAUGUUGGAAAAUUACCAAUUAUCUUAGUGCAAUAGCCUGUUAACUUGCAUAUGUUGCAAGGCACUGAAUACUUUGUUUUUGUCUUUCAACCAUGUAUUUUAAUAAGCUAUUGUUUGUGUCGUUUUUUUCUAAACAAUCAUCUUAUUUAUUUAUCGAACAGGUAAACUUAAACUUUUUGAAGUAAAAUGACUUUAUAAAGUCAGUAAUAGAUGAUAAAGGUAUUUUGCAAACGUGAAGAUGUUCCUUUUUAGUUGAUAUGCUCUGUGAUUUGAAAUAAUUUUAGUUAUUAGCAAUUGUCAUAUCACGAAAAAUACACCAAUAUGUGUCGUAAUAUAUCAUAAUGAUAUUUAUGAAUAAAUGUUGCAAUACGGUGUUAACGUGCAUUGAAUGAAUAAACCAGUAUUUAGUAGGUUUCUAGUUGAAGCUUCAAUUUACAAAAGAAAUUUCUUCUAUGAGCUUUAUGCCUAUUUAUGUCUAAGAUCUCCUAAUACCAUUUAUCAGGUUAACGAUGAAAAUGGCGGUAGUCAUAGUAAGGUAAUGUAAAAGUUAUUUACAAAUAUUGGUGAAUUAAUGAUGAAAAUGGCGGUCGUCCGAGUGAAGUAAUGAAAAUGUAAUUAACAAGAGUUAGUGAAUUAAUGAUGUAAACGGUGGUAAUUCGAGUGAAGUAAUGAAAAUGUAAUUAACAGGAGUUAGUGAAUUAAUUAUGUAAACGGUGGUAAUUCGAGUGAAGUAAUAAAAAAGUAAUUAACAAAAGUUGGUGAAACUACUUACUACAAACAAAUUAAAAAAACGCGUAAUUGUAAAUAGCGUUUAUGGAAGUGAUACCUUGCAGAAAUAAUAAAUACUGUAAUCAAAUUUUGCAUUUAAUGGGCUUUUUUCACAUUGAUGGUGAUUCUUAAUCAAGUAUUUUAAAAACGGGAUGUGUGAAUAUCUUACAUAUGUGUAACUUAUUACAUAUCACAUAAAAUGUAUCCAUGAUUUUUUUAAUAAUUUACUUGUUAAAAGGUAAUGAUAAUUUGUUCUGUUUUUGCAUUUUUUACUUCACAUUUUGCUCGUUGUGAAAUUGUUGCUAUUAUGUUAAGCAUAUGU